AUGCAUUCCCACUCGGCCGUGAUUGCAGGGUUGUUUGUACUGGCAAUUGCCUCUCCAGCCCCUCGAGUCCGCAGGCAAACAGGCACAGAUUCCUCCGCCGAGCUUCUGACGGAUAUUAAUGCCAUCCAGCAAUACUGGGGCCAGAUCACACCGUAUGCCGACAACACCGAGGACUACUUCGGUGUGGCCGACGUCGGCCUACCCAAUGGAUGUCAGGUCGAGCAAGCUCACCUGCUCCAGCGACAUGGAUCUCGGUUUCCUGGGAGCGCAUUCGACGACGGACCCAACAUGGAAAACUUCGCGGAAAAGGUCGCCAACUGGACUCGGACUCACACCAACUCGUCCUCGCAAUUCACCGGGAAUCUGAGCUUCCUGAACUCUUACCGAUACAAUCUUGGAAGCGCCUAUCUUACUGGAAUCGGUGCUGCCCAGUCCUUCCAGUCUGGCGUCACAUUCUGGAACCGAUACGGUCGCAUCCUGUACAACGCGACACAAGGACAGCUUGCGUACAAUGCGACAUUCGCCAACGGGACCAGUAGGCCCAAGCUGACGCUGCGGACCACCAGCCAGUCCCGGAUCGAAAACACCCAGAUCAGCUGGACGUUGGGCUUCUUCGGGCCCAGCUUCCAGCCUACGCCCAACCCGACAUUGGGCAACUGGACGAGCCCGUUCAACGUGGUGGUGAUCCCGGAAGGAGGGACCGAGAACAACACGCUGGCGUCGUAUGACUCUUGUUUCAACGACAACAACGAUGUGCCAGGAUACAUCGGCGACCUCGAUCUUCUCAGCUACCUAUCAGUGUACCUUCCUGGCGCGCAGAGUCGACUGUCACAAUACGUGCCCGGCGACUUCAACCUCACCAUGAACGAUACGUUUGCGUUGCAAACCCUCUGCGCCUACGAGACCAACUACAUUGGCCGCUCGGACUUCUGCACGCUCUUUACCGAAGACGAGUGGGCUGGCUUCGAGAACGCGCUCGACAUCGAGUACUACUACGACUACUCGUUCGGGAACCCUACGGCCCGGGCCCAGGGGAUCGGCUACGUACAGGAACUCCUGGCGCGGCUUCAAAACCAAUACAUCACCUCUUCGACGACAAGCGUGAACAGUAGUUUAACCAACAACUCGCGCACCUUCCCGCUGGGCCAGAAACUGUACGCCGACUUCUCGCACGACGACAUCAUCAUCUCGGCCCUCACGGCCGCGUCGCUCGACUACAUCCGGGACCCGCCCUCACUCACUCAAUUCCCGCCGGACCCGAAUCGGCGCUUCAUCCUCUCGCAUCUCACGCCCUUCUCCGCCAGGCUGGUCACCGAGGUGAUUGGCUGUGGGAGCGCGAGUCCAGCGCCCAACAAUGCGUCUCAGACUCAGUAUUAUGCUACGCAGUACGGGUAUACCCCCGCCAACGCGACGUACAAGUUUGUGCGGAUGCGGUUGAACAAUGGCAUUUUGCCGUUGUCGACGAUUCGAGGCGGGUACUGCGGUAACCGCACCGACGGGCUGUGUCCGCUGAAUGCGUUCGUCUCGAGCCAGGAGGGGGCGCUCGGGUUGAGUAAUUACCAGUAUGUCUGUUUUGGGAAUUAUAGCGUGGAGUACCCGAAUAAUGGGACGGACUUCGAUGGGACGUUGUUCAGCGGGAGUGCGGGCAGCUAG